CAUCGUCUUCAACACUAGUUCACACCAUGCUGCUCCGCAGGAACCUCUCCCCCAAACCCUUCUCUCUCCUCCACUCAAUCACCGCCGUCCUCUUCUCCACCUCCGCCGCCGUCGAUUUCCUCCACUCCUACACCGUCACCCCUCCGAUCCAAGACUGGCCCCAUCGCCUCUCCCCAAAGCGCCUCAUCUCCCUCAUCACCCGCGAGCCCAAACUCGACCUCGCCCUCCAAAUCUUCCACCACGCCUCCAAAUACCACCCCGGAUUUCACCAUAAUUACCACACCUACCACGCCAUCAUCCGCCGCCUCCUCCGCUCCCGCGCUUUUCACCUCAUCGACCCCCUCCUCUCCGACCUCCGCGCCUCCAAUCUCCGAUGCAGCGAAGACCUCUUCAUCUCCCUAAUCCGCAAUUACGGCGUCGUUUCACGCCCUAAACUCGCCUUCAAGACAUUUAUCACCAUUCCGAAAUUCGGCGCCCAACGAUCCGUGAGGUCCUUGAAUGCGUUGCUGAACGCUUUGGUUCAGAAUCAAGAGUAUAGAUUGGUUCACUCGGUGUUUCGGAACUGUAGGGAGAGGUUCGGGGUGGCGCCGAAUGUGUUUAGUUGUAAUAUAUUGAUCAAAGCACUGUGUAAGAGAAAUGAUUUGGAGACUGCACACCAGGUGCUCGAUGAAAUGCCUGCGAUGGGAUUUGUGCCCAAUGUGGUGACUUUUACUACCAUUUUGGGUGGUUAUGUUUCGCGGCGCGAUAUGGUUGGUGCCAAGAGGGUGUUUGGUGAGAUUUUGGACAGAGGGUGGUUUCCUGAUGUGACUACAUAUACUAUAUUGAUGGAUGGGUAUGUGAAGCAGGGGAAGCUGGUUGAGGCUAUUAAGGUUAUGGAUGAGAUGGAGGAUAAUGGGGUUGGCGCCAAUGAGGUCACUUAUGGGGUUAUGAUUGAAGCUUAUUGUAAGGAAAAGAAGUCGGGUGAAGCGGUUAAUUUGCUUGAUGAUAUGGUGGAGAAGAGGUAUAUACCGAGCUCGGCGCUCUGUUGUAAGGUGAUUGAUGUUUUGUGUUGCGAAGGGAAGGUGGAGGAUGCUUGUGAACUGUGGAAGAGGCUUUUGAAGAAGAAUUGCACUCCGGAUAAUGCAGUAUUGGGCACGCUCAUAUACUGGCUUUGUAAGAAGGGAGAAAUGUGGGAAGCCAGGAAAUUGUUUGAUCAGAUUGAGAUGAGUGAGCCUCCGGAUGUCAUGACUUACAACGUGCUUAUUUCUGGAAUGUGUGAAGUGGGGGAGUUGUGUGAGGCUGGGAGGUUGUGGGAUGACAUGGUGGAGAAAGGAUGUUCUCCGAAUUCUUUUACAUAUAAUGUAUUGAUCAAAGGAUUCUGUAAGAUUGGAAAAGCGAAGGAGGGAAUUAGGAUUUUGGAUGAGAUGUUCGAAAAAGGCUGUUUGCCAAACAAGUCUACUUAUGCUAUGUUGAUCGAGGGGCUCUGUGACUCAGGAGAGGAAGCUGAAAUCACUAGAGUAAUAUCUAUGGCAAUGUCAAGUGGAGACAUGGACAGUGAUUCCUGGGAUCUUUUCCUUACUAAGGUUGUUGGUGAUUUGGAUACUGGGGAAAGUGUUCUAAACAGAAUACUACUGGAGAAUGCUGAUUCGAGCCCCAGAUUUAGAGGCCUUGGAAUAUGCUGACCUUGAUCUCACCCACAAUGUUUCUCAGGUGCCAGUAGAAGUACCUUAUUGGAAUCAAGUCUUCAGGGACCCAAGAUCGAUGGGGACUGGUGGUGGAUAUUGGAAGGGAUGGUCAAGCAUGUUGAUGUCUGGGCUAAAGAGCUAGGUCUUAGUAAUGUUGCCCAGACCAUACUUCAGAGAAAGCAUCAUAAGAGACGGGUUGUACAGAAGCCUUUAGUAGAGUCCAUUGUGAACAAUUAAGUUCGAAUCAUCCAGAUGGUCAAGCAUGCUGAUGUCUGGGCUAAAGAGCUAGGUCUUAGUAAUAUGUAAGUGCCCUGACCAUUCUUCAGGAGAAAGCGUCAUACGAGACGGGUUGUACGAAAGCCUUUAGUAGAGUCCAUUGUGAACAAUUAAGUUCGAAGCAUCCAGGGGAAUUACUGCAAUCAUUCCAAGUUUCAUUGAGUACAUCAAGCAACUUAGAUGCUUAUGCAGAAAAUUAAAGCAAUACGGGCCUUUCCACUUUAGAUUGAUUUGAAAAAAAUUGUCUGACUAUUUAUUAUUGAAGACUAGUAAUAUGUAGAUACUUGCUGCAAAAGAAGUUUUAUCUACAGUGAUGAAGGGUAGCUGUUGAGAAGCUUAAGGUCCUUGGAUUUGGAUUAUUUUGAGUUGGAUUUGUAAAUGAUAUGUUAACACUUGCUUUUCAAAAAGCAUUAAAAGCCAUUUGACCAGCUACAUGGUACAAGACAAAAGUACUUGUGGCUGUAGAAUGUCACAAUUCGGCCAAAUGUAGUUUGAGAAGUAUUUAUAGAAAUAAAAAUGCAAAUAUUAUUGUUGGAUACUUUUGGUGGAUUGUUAUUGGUGGGCAAAAAUACGGG